AUGCACGUGCACGUCAAAGUUAAGGUCUGUCAGCCUGAGGUGGAUUGUGACUUGGAGUGUAUACAUGGCUUCACUACUGAUGAGCACGGCUGUGAGGAGUGCAGAUGUAAGACCUCUGAACAAGAUGUGAACGAGUGCACUGUCAACAGAGGCGGAUGUGAACACGACUGUGUGGACACAGAGGAAGGCUACAACUGUACCUGCCGGGAUGGCUACAGUUUGUCGGGGACACGGCAUUGUGUUUCGGACACAGAUGUCGACGAAUGUGCUACAAGUAAUGGUGGGUGCCAGCAGACCUGUAUCAACACCGAGGGGAGUUUUUACUGCUCCUGCCAAGAGGGAUACUCUCUGGACUUCGACGGUACUACAUGCCAGGACGUAAACGAGUGCCAGUCAUUCGAAUGGCGAGACUGCCAUCACUGCACCAACACUCCUGGUUCCUCCAACUGUACCUGCAAGGACAGACACAGACUGGUAGAUGGAAAAGAAUGCCGUGAUGAUGAUCUGUACCCAUACGGAAUAGAAGUUGGCAGACUGCCCUUUUCCCAGCAAGGACACAAUUGCAGGCAGCUGACGUUACCGAUUGAAGGAUUUCGAUUCUUCGGGCGACGACAUUAUCAUAUCUACAUCUGUGACAACGGGAUCGUGUCGUUUGACCGGAUUCAGCGGCCACAAUGGCCAGUCAAACUUACAAGUUACCAGUGGCGGUACCAGGCAGUAAUCGCGCCAUUUCUCGCGAGAUCUCGCCCGCACGCGGGUUCGAAAAUUUUCUACGAGCUCUACUCAAAGUACGACCAGAACCCUCACACUCUGGGCGUCCUUCUUCGGGCACGUGAGGAUGGCAGGUCUGUGAGAGGGUUUUACCUCCCAGAUUAUGACCCAGUGUGGGCCCUUGUGGUGACAUGGACCGACAUCGUCCCAGACAACAGUGUCUGCCCGAGAGGAGAUUGUCCCGCCGGCACCACAUUGCCUAGAAACACUUUCCAGUUAGUACUGUCAACAGACGGAACACACUCGUUUGCUCACUUCAUCUACCCCUCUAAGAAGAUUGAAUGGGCCAGUCCAGAUGAGAUAUUGGGUCAAACCAGUCACCCGAACGCGAUUGCAGUGGCCGGAUACAACGCCGGUCAGGGCUGGUGGUUCAACUACGCGAAGGACAUGGAAUACUCCGGCACCAUGAAAAUGAAGUGGGCCUGGCUGAAAUACGGGGGUCAUUGGAGCUAUCCCCUACAGGAACAGAGCGACCUGUACGUACCCCAGCCGUCGGUGCUCCGGUGUGCUGCAUGGGUCAGAAGGCAAGAAGAGGACGUGGGGUUAGAGUGGUUUCUAAAACACAUGUACCACAGACUGGAAAGUACAUAUUCGUGCCCCUGCACGGCAGAGCAAGCUUUCUACGACAACACGUACAGAUACAGCGUUACCGGAACGGGAUCUUGCGCAGAAAGUAGGAGACGGCUGACGUUCCACUACGGCGGGAAACGGUACUCCUUCCGCCGGACGUGCUGCUACAGUCCUGCGUUUUUCUGGUGGGAAAGACGUGUGGGCUGGCGCGGAUGGUGGUGGCGGCGGGCGCGGGUGAUUCUCCGGCGACGGAGGGUCGGUGGAGGGCGACUACUGGGGGGAUCGAUAGGAGGGCAUUUGCUGCUGAACGACCGCUUGGAAGACGAAGAGGCACGCCACCAGUGCUGCGUCGAGUCGGGACGUGUGAGAAAUGGCUGGUACUGUCAGAGGUUCUCCCAACUCCGGCCGUGGUCAGUGCCCCAGUCCUGGGGGACCGGGAGUCCUUGUCGGAACUAUCCCAUUCGUAUAGCUUGGAUCCGCAGGGUUCGCCGGCGGACCCGGUUUUGGGGAGACCCUCACAUCUCCACACUGGACGGCGUGCGGUACACGUUCAACGGGCUGGGCGAGUUCGUACUGGUGGAUGUGGACGAUGGUGAAUACCAGGUGCAGGGAAGGACUUGCUUCGCCAAAGGAAGCAGUCGAGCAACCAUCUUCUGUGCCAUCACUGCUGCCCAGAGGAACCACACCGGAAUCCAGGUCAACCUGGAAGGGGACUCUGGUGCUGACCUCUAUAUCAACAACACUGCCGUGAACAUAUCGCCGUUUGAAGAUGACGAUUUUGAGUUAGAAGUCGACGGAAGUGCGCUGGUGACCCGACCGUCCAACAACUCCAUACUCAUCGUGUUCUUCAGCGGGAUUACUCUGAAAGUUACCGCCAAUAAGGCGAUGCUCUUCGUUGAGUUUUCGGCGCCGAUGGAGUAUAUGAACAAGACGCGAGGCCUGCUGGGAAGGUGGGACGGUGACACGUCCAACGACUUUGAAUUCUCUAACGGAACCGUGCUGCAUCCCAACUCAUCCGAGAGCCAGGUCUUUGAGAUGGGAAACUCAUGGCUGGUGACAGACGAUGAUGGCCCGAUGAAGUCCAUUUUCCACUACAAACCUGGUGAAAGCUUCAGCAACUUUACGUCUGCGGGUUUCAUUCCGAAAUUCACUGACGAAGUGACCUUCAGUGACCCCGAUCUCGAGGAGCAUGCGCGUGACGUCUGUGGUAACGACACGUCUUGUCUGUUUGACGUCGCCGAGACAGGAGACAUCGAGGUCGGGAGGGCGGAGACGGAGGAUGAGCAGAACUUCGAAGACGAAAUGUCCAUUCAAAACACGUUCCCACCCGUACUUACUGGACCGGAGGCUGUAUACGCUAAGCUGGGGGAUGUUGUGGAGAUACGAAUUAACGCCACGGAUCCUGCUGGCCUCGACAUGACGUUCGACACUGGUGAUGAGAUGCCACCGGAAAUCUCCGUCCUUAUCAACGGAACUGACGUCACUCUUCUGUGGAAUGUAACUUGCGACGAUUUCUUCAACCUGCAGCUCAUCUCAACCAACACGAAAAACAGUUCUGCAGAAUACUGGCCUGUUGUCUACAUGUGCUCCUGUAGGAACAACGGAUCCUGCGACACGACCAGCGCCAUAGAUCCGGCACUCGUCAGCGACGAUGAAAGGUUUGUGAGACUAGAUUGCGUCUGUCAGGAUGGCUUCUCUGGUGAGCAGUGCGAAACUGAUCUUGACGCCUGCGCAGUGAACUUCAACCCUUGCUUCCCUGGGGUGAACUGCACGGACCUCCCCCCACCGGCAGGUGUAGACGGUUUCGAAUGUGGAGACUGCCCGCCUGGGUAUGAAGGCAACGGAACAAUUUGCCAAGAUGUAGAUGAGUGUGAGACUAACCGGUGCCAGCAUGUCUGUACCAACCUCAUCGGCAACUUCACCUGUGACUGUUAUGCUGGGUACCAUAUUGCGGACAACGGCUUUGAAUGUUACGACAUCAACGAAUGUUCGCUGCCUAAUAACUGCAGUCAGCGCUGUGACAACACGGACGGGUCCUACAAAUGUUCCUGUUGGGACGGAUUCAGCUUAGAACCAGACGGGCAAUCCUGUCAACCGGAGAAUCCCUGUGAGACAGGGGACGACCCUAGUUGUGACCCUGACACUGGCUGGUGUACCGUCAACGCGACUGUUGGGGCGCUGUGCGUGUGUGAGAAGGGGUACAAGCUGGCACACGACGGAGUAACAUGUCAAGAUGAGGAUGAAUGUGAAACCGGGAAGAACCACUGUAAUCAACUCUGCAACAACACUGCUGGCGCCUACACCUGUUACUGUGGGGAAGGCUAUGAGCUCACAGACGAUCCUGUGCAGCCGUGCAGAGAUAUCGACGAAUGUUAUGAAGGUACAGACAACUGUUCUGUGAGCGAAAUCUGCGUCAACAUACAUGGGGCAUAUUACUGCGCUUGCGCCCCGGAAACCGCCCUUCGUAAUGGCAUUUGCGUUCCAGAGAUACCUGAAAUGACAACAAAACCAACAACUGUGGAGGAUAACACUGUGAUGAUGGAGGUCGAGAUGAAUAUGGAGGAGUUCACAGAUGCCUUCCAACAAAACCUGGUGGGGACAGUUGCGGCAGGACUGACGUCAUUUUGCGCACGAAACAUGAAGGAGUAUCGUGAAUGCUCAGACGACAGGUCUAUAAGGUGUGGACAAACCAUUGCUACCUUUCACUUCACAUCAUCAGACGUCCAUACCCCUCAGCGAUUCCCAUAUGCUCUGCACGGUGACCAAGUUGUCAUUGGUUUCUACGUCAUUAAGCCUGGGGAAAAUAGUGCCACGAACCAGCUCUUCCCAGGCGAAGUCCUGCUCACAGCAAUGGAACAAAUGAAAAUGGAUAUUGAAGAAUCUUUCGGGUAUAAGCAUGUAAUGGUCAUGGCACUUGCCUCAUCGUUCAACCCGAGUGUUCGCACAGUGCGACCGAUGACAACCAAAUCGAGCCCAGUCGCCAUUUCAAAACAGGAAACUGACAUCACAACCAUCGCCAUCAGCGCCCUCACAACCACGGCCAUCCUGAGUGUUAUGGCCUUGAUAUACUUGCGUCUUAGGGCCCAAGUGAAGGUUGUGGACCUGCCAGACGACAAUCUUGGAUCCAAAGAUGCUCCAGUCAUCGAGCAGUUCGCCAUGUCAGAGUCAACUCGGCAGCUGGUGGAGAAGUGAAGGGCUCCGUUCUACAUAAUCAGGUCAUGGGAAACUAUUUCAAGACAGUGAUCAGACCAAUGGGAGACAAUCACAUAACUUGUGGUUUACACUUUAUCAACCAACAAAGCUACU